AUGGCGACAACCUACUACGACGAGAAAUCCGGUUUCAGGAUGCAGAUCCACUUCGAGCCAACACUUGGCGACAACUUCGAGGCUAUUGUCAAUGAAUACAAGCCAAAGGUUGCUCAGGCUCUCGAAUUAAUCAAGAGAAUGGAAAACGGUGAAAUUGUUAACCACACAGAAGUUAAGGAGGAGAGUGAAGAUCGUAUGGUCGAUCACUACAACCUCCGUAUGGAGAAGGAGCUUGUCAAGGGCAAAUCUCUUGCUCACACUCUCGCUAUGUGGGAGGAAGCCAAGAAGUUUGCUGAGGAUGUCAUGACGGGCGUUAUCAAGACAUCCGCUGGCAAGAAGUACGAGUCCAUCAUCUUCAACGGUAUCGGUGGCUCCUAUCUUGGCCCACUCAUGCUCAUCAUUGCUAAGUACGGCAUGGACUUCAACACAACAGCCGGCCUUCCAAUGAAGAUCUACUUCAUCUCCAACACAGAUUCCGACAUGUUCCACCAGAUCACAUCCAACAUCAACGUCGAUGCUUCCAUCAUGGUCCACCUUUCCAAGUCUGGCUCCACAUCCGAGACAGCUGGUAACACACAGACAUGGAUGAAGCUCUGCCGUGACAGAAAUCUCGUCCUCGGUGAGCACAACGCUGCCGUCACAAUCAAGGACUCACUCCUUGACAAGAUCGCUCAUGAGAACAAGUUCAUCCGCACAUGGCACAUGGAGAUCGACACUGGUGGCCGUACAUCAGUUUGCUCCGCCAUCGGCUUCGUCCCAUACGCUUUCGCUCGCUGCGACUUCGGCGAAUUCAUCAAGGGUAUGUCAUACAUGGACACACUCACACGCGCUGAAGGCGAGAACCCAGCUGCUUUACUCGCUACAGCCAUCGAUGCUAACAACCACAAGGUUGGCCACCGCAACAUGAUCGUUCUCUGCUACAACGAGUUCAUGAGAGAGUACGCCCACUAUCUUCAGCAGCUUUACAUGGAAUCCCUUGGUAAGCAGUACAAGGUUGACGGCACAGAGGCUAGACAAGGCCAGACAGUCUUCGGUGGUGUCGGCACUGGCGAACAGCACUCCUUCAUGCAGCAGGUUCAGAAGGGUAUCGCUGAUAACUUCGUCCGCAUGAUCUACUUCGAGAAGAGAGAGCACGAUUACGUCAACGAGCAGGCUGGCUCCAUGGGCAGACAGCUCCUCGCCUUCCUUAUGGGCACACAGAAGGCUCUCAUCCAGAACAAGAGAUCAUUCGCUACAUCAACAUUCCGCGAGAGAAACGAGUUCACAUUCGGUAUGAUGAUCGCUCUUGAAGAGAGAGUUGUCACAUUCCUCGCUUCAUUCUUCGGAAUCAACGCUUACGAUCAACCCGGAGUUCAGGACGGAAAGAAGGCUGCUACAGGCGUUAACGCUACAUCCAAGAAGAUCGUCGCUGGCCUCGAGAAGAUCGAAGGCAAGCUCUCUGGCUACACAGAAGACAUCUUAAAGGCUCUCGGCUUCGAAGAUGUCCCAUACGAAGCUGAAGACGUCCUCAACGAUAUCGUCAAGAACAUCAACGUUGAAGAGUCAUAUCCAACACUCAAGGGUGUCAUCAAGGCUGAUAACCACUGGUGCUCAAAGUGCAAGCACUACUAUUUCGACUUCUCUAAAUAA